AGAGAAGCUUUCUGGCCGCCUUUUAACCCAUAUGAACCUACGGUCCUUUUAAAAGGUCGGUAAAAGUAUUCUGAUUUACGGAUCUCUGUAGACGUCUCGGGUUGUAUCUCCUAGAUGGCAUUAGUGGAUUUACAUAAAGAAACCUUUUUCGCAAAUCAUACCAUAAACUGAGGUUAUAUUCUACGUGCUAUAUCGUUCUGAGAUAACAUUAGAUCUGCACUUCAAUUUUGUGGGCUAAAUAUGAGUGAUUAUAGUGAUAAAAGGUAUUGGAAAAAACCUCUUACUUUGAACGAAUUGCUUGAAGAAAUUGAAAAUAUCGAAAAUGUAACCGACAUUCCUGAUGAAAUAAUUUUAUUUCCUCCAACGAAUGCGAAUGAAUACAACACUGAUGAAGAUUCAGGAAAUGAUGAAAAUGUCAGCCCGAAUAACCUACCAGGAUCCCAGUUAAUGGCUGAUGUAGAAUUUUCCAUGAGGGAAAAUCGCAGAGAAAAUUCAAUAGAUUCUAUAAAAGAUUGGGAAAGCGAAGAUGAAUUACCUUUAUCAAAUUUUGUAGCCAAGAGAUUGAAAAAAACCAAAUUAUUCAACUAUACCCUUGGAAAGGACUUGUUAGAAACUUUUCCUGUAUGGAAUUCAGUUUCUCAUGUAAGGAACAAUCGUAGUCCUCUCGAACUAUUCAAGUGUUUUUUCGAUAAAGAUCAGGUAGACGAGAUUGUGCAUCAUACAAAUGUAUAUGCUUCUCAGAAAAAUCGACCACCUGAUGUUACAGCUGACGAUUUAUAUUGCUUCAUUGGGGUAUUACUUGUCAGUGGAUACUGUUCCGUUUCAAGGAAAAAGAUGUACUGGCAAAAUUCGACAGACAGCAACAACGCGCUUAUAUCGUCAUCAAUUUCGAGAGAUCGUUUCCAAUAUAUCAUGAGUAAUUUUCAUUGUGUUGAUAAUAAUAUUUUGGAUAAAAACGAUCGAUUUGCCAAAGUAAGACCAAUUUUCAAUUCGCUCAACAGAAAAUUCUUAGAAUUCGCCCCGAUCGAAGAAGACCACUCAGUGGAUGAAGCUAUGGUGCCUUAUUUUGGGCGCCAUGGCUGCAAACAAUUCAUAAAAGGAAAACCCAUAAGAUGGGGAUAUAAAUUCUGGGUUGGGGCCACUCGUUUAGGGUAUAUCGUGUAUUUUGAACCUUACCAAGGCUCUAAUACUCUUUCAUGCGAAAAAUAUAAGGAAUUGGGACUCGGAGCGUCUGUAGUCUUACAAUAUGCAGACAUCUUACAGUCAACCAAAUUCGCCAAUUUCCACAUGUUCUUUGACAAUUUCUUUACAUCACUGUCAUUGAUGAAAGAAUUGACGCAUCGAGAGAUACGAGCUACAGGAACAAUCAGGGAUAAUAGACUUCCAAAGUGUCCAUUGACAGACGUGAAACAAUUCAAGAAGAAGAAAAGAGGUGAUUUUCAACAUGCACUGGUAGACAACGAGAUAGUCAUUUGUCGAUGGAAUGACAAUAAUGUGAUUACGAUUGCCUCUAACUCUACUUCCGUAUUUCCAACAAAUAAAGCAAAGAGAUUUUCUCAAAAGGAAAAAAAGUAUAUUCAUAUUGAUCAGCCUAAACCGAUAAAGAGUUAUAAUGAAAAUAUGGGUGGAGUUGAUCGGAGCGAUCAAAACAUAGGGCAGUACCGCAUUUCGAUUAGAGGAAAAAAAUGGUAUUUUCCAUUGGUGACUCAUUGUAUAGAUAUGUCCGUUCAAAACGCGUGGUAUUUGCAAGUGGUUGAAGGAGGAAAAUUGGAUCAACUUGCCUUCAGAAGAGCCUUAGCCACGGAACUAUUAGAAACUCAUAAGGUUUUGACUGGAAGAAAAUGUUCGAGAAAAUCAGAACAUUAUAAGGAACAUUCUCGAUAUGAUCGAAUUGAUCAUAUGAUAAUAUAUCAAAUGAAUCAAACGAAGUGCGCAGUGUGUCAUAAAAAGACGAAUUUUCGUUGUGAGAAAUGUGAUAUCGGAUUACAUCCAAAAGAAUGUUUCCGCUGUUUUCAUACCCAAUGAUGUUCAGUAAUGUUCAUAUUCCGAUAUCAAACAAUGUAUUGCAAAUAAAAUAUCAUUCACCUGAA